AUGGCUACUACCCCUGAUGAUACAACAACAGUGUCUGAUUCUGAUACCACUGAUGGGACAACAGCAAUGACUGAUGAUGAAACCACUGAUGGGACAACAACAAUGACUAAUGACGAUACCACUGAUGGGACAACAGCAAUGACUGAUGAUGAUACCACUGAUGGGACAACAGCAAUGACUGAUGAUGAAACCACUGAUGUGACAACAACAAUGGCUGAUGAUGAUACCACUGAUGGGACAACAGCAAUGACUGAUGAUGAAACCACUGAUGUGACAACAACAAUGGCUGAUGAUGAUACCACUGAUGGGACAACAACAAUGACCGAUGAUGAUACCACUGAUGUGACAACAACAAUGGCUGAUGAUGAUACCACUGAUGGGACAACAAUAGUUACUGAUUCAGAUACAACUGAUGGUACAGCAACAGAGACCGAUGCUGAUGCCAGUGAUGGUACAACAACGGUAACCGAUGAUGCUACUACUAAUGGGACAACAACAGUUACUGAUGAUGAUUCCACUGAUGGGACAACAACAGUAACUGAUGAUGAUACCACAGAUGGUACAACAACACUAACUGAUGAGGAUACCUCUGAUGGGACAACAACAGUUACUGAUGACGAUUUGACUGAUGGGACAACGCCAGUUUAUAAUAAUGAUACCACUGAUGGUACAACACCAGUGACUGAUUCUGAUACAAUUGAUGGUACAACAACAGAGACUGAUUCUGAUGCCAGUGAUGGUACAACAACGGAGACUGAUGAUGAUACCACUGAUGGAACAACAACAGUAACUGAUGAUGAUACCACAGAUGGUAAAACAACAGUAACUGAUGAUGAUACCACAGAUGGUACAACAACAGUAACUGAUGAUGAUACCACAGAUGGCAAAACAACAGUAACUGAUGAUGAUACCACAGAUGCUACAACAACAGUAACUGAUGGUGAUACCACAGAUGGUAAAACAACAGUAACUGAUGAUGAUACCACAGAUGGUACAACAACAGUAACUGAUGAUGAUACCACAGAUGGUACAACAACAGUAACCGAUGCUGAUGCCACUGAUGGUACUACAUCUAUGACCGAUGCUGCUACCACUGAUGAUACAACUACACUGGCAUCAACAACGGUAACAGACAAUGCCAUAGCUGCUGAAACGAUAUACCAAAUGUAUCCCAGUGGUGACGAGGAGGGUGAUAUACGGCUGCGGAAUGCGUUAGAUACAACAUCAGGUGCCAUCACCGCCCCAAGGGGAGUCUACUUUGGUCAUAGAAAAUACAGAAAUAUAUAUACAUAUACCAGCGAGGAUAUCUUUAAUGAGAAAGGGCAAUUUUUAAUCGAAGUUGCGAGUAAAGAAGUGAUGAGAUAUACAAAUGUUGCAGAUUUUGAGGCAACGUGGAUUAUGAAAGUAACGUGGAAGGAUGUGUUCCCCUAUCCAUAUUACUGCUACAAUCCAAAUGCUCAAUACCGUUCAUGGUGCCGGUACCUAAAUCGGAAAAACCCUGACGAUUCUGAAUUUCAGACGGUGAAUCACCAGAUCGUAUUGGUAACUGAUGGUAUUCGGACAUACGCUUUGUUCAACUAUGGAAAGAUGGCUUGGCGCAGAUGGAAAAAUGUUAACAUCGGCUUUGAUGCUGGGGAUACCAAAAAUUUCUUCAACCAUUAUUUGUUUCGCGAUGAUGCUCUUCUAGGCAUUGAUAACAUGAAAGGAAACACUGGUUUGAAUGGAAAAUGGAUAUUCCGACUUGAUCUAAAUGGCGACAACCGGCCAAACUUCGAAAAGAAGUGCGUUUCUUGGGCUGUAAGAGAUCGUCGAUCCUCACCUCGAAACGUACCUAUUUGGUGGAGACGGAGGGAUGUCGAGCCUUGUCCCUGCAUGGUAUGGCAGGCGUGGAGAGACAGGCGGUUUAGAAUGAACUGGCGGUCAUUUUGUGCUCACCAAAGGUUCCCAAGUCGAGAAGGAUAUGGCCAGUCAUGCUGCUACAACAAUGAUUGGUGGACGAAUUGGCGCUCUUGGGGGACGUUGUUGACGGAUGUCAGGUACGGGGCGGGACAUUUUGAGCGCUAUCACUACAGGUCUAAUAGAAGAAAGCACAAGCGUAAAGAUACCCUUCCCCGGUACUAUUGUUGCGAGGCGUCAGAUAACUGCAAAUUGUUUACCGAGUUAAGACCAGUGGAUACAUGCCAGGCAUACGUGCCUCCUCGUUGGUCUUGGUUCUGGGGUGAUCCUCACGUUCGUACACUAGAUGGCAAGACAUACUCAUUUAACGGUUUGGGAGAAUAUUGGUUGAUCAAGACCACUGAUGACUAUUUCACACUCCAAGGGAGAACAUCCAAAGCCCUGACAUCUAAUGGAACUGCAACAAAAGCAACUGUGUUCACAGCAUUUGCUGCAAAAGAAGAAUCGUCAGAUCAAUUUUAUGUUGAACUUGCAGAUAACAUGGUUGAUAUGAUUAUACGAGUAAACGGAGAGGAUGUAACAGAUACAGUGGAGCAGUUAGCCAGUGAAGACCCACCAAACACGCUGGAUAAAACAAGUCUUAGUUUGGGUGUUGACUCAGAUGGAGUAGUUACAGCAGCAUUUGCUACUGGAUUCUCAUUGAACGUGUCUGUGUCUGUGAGGAGUUUAAGCAUCACAAUAACAGCGCCAGUGUUAGUGAAUUCUUCAAUCACAACAGCAGGUCUCAUGGGGACAUUCAAUGGAAAUACGUCAGACGAGUACGCAAAACCGAACGGUGAAGUACUUCCAGAGAACAGCAUUGAUACAGAAGUCUAUCAUGACUUUGGAGAGCUAUGGAAGAUAACGCAGAACGAGUCGAUCUUUUGGUACAGAGAUAACGAGACAACCGCGAACUUCUCAAAUGCUUCAUUUGAGCCACUCUUCUUAUCAAACUUCACUGAGGAAGAGCAAAAUGAAGCAAACACUAAAUGCAACUCGGAAAUAGCUUGUGUAUUUGACUACCUUGCAACAGGAGAUGAGAGCGUAGCGGAUGCAACGUUAUCAACAGAUCUGGUAAAUACGGCUGAUGCAAAGGUCUCAGAGAAUGUUGCUCCAAGACUGAGUGUUGAAGCGGUUCAGAACUUUACUGUCGGUUUUGAAACCACAUUUGAGGUUUCAGCAUUUGAUAAUGACAGUGACACUGUCUUCAUUUUGCUCACAUCUUCAUUGCCAAUUGGAGCACAAUUUGACAACCAAAGUGGUUUAUUUAACUUUACACCAUCAAGCAUUACACCAUUCAAUUUAUCUUUUAUGGCUGAAGAUGAUUUGGGAGCAAGAUCUCCAGAGACUAGACUUGUCAUUUGGAUAUGUUCCAAUUGUACGAACGGAAAUGGACUGUGCAAUUUUGGAACCGAGUCAGAGGAACAGACUGAUACAACUGGGUAUUUCUAUGAAGCGAUGUGUGAUUGUAAUACAGGCUGGGAAGGGGACAAUUGUGGAGUUGACAUAGAUGGUUGUGAAGGUGAACCAUGUGGUGAGAGCUCUAACUGCACAGACGUCACACCUUCAGAGCAGCAGAUAACUGGCAACUCAUUCAACUGCUCACAGUGUCCUGAUGGUACUGUCACUGUGGACAAUAAGUGUAUUGAUAUUGACGAGUGUGUCAACGUUACACUAAAUGAGUGUCAACAGGAAUGCAUCAACAAGAAGGGUGGUUAUUCCUGCGAAUGUCUGCCUGGGUACUCAGCCAUCAAUACCACACACUGUCAAGAUAUCAAUGAGUGCAUUGAAGCUACAAGUGGAUGUGAUCAAAUCUGUAACAAUACUGAGGGUAAUUUCACAUGUAGCUGCGAGGAUGGGUUUACACUUAAUGCAGAUGGAAAAUCAUGUCAACGAGAUGUGGCAUCGCUUGGACCUUGUCUUGCUGAAGGACUAACAUGUGAAUAUGGAUGUAGGAAUACGUCAGCUCCACCAGUAUGCUUCUGUAAGAAUGGAUACAACGUCACUGAUGCUGAGAACUGUACAAACAUCAAUGAGUGUGAGUUGGGUAUUGAUGGCUGUUCUGGAGGGUGCACAGAUAUGGAUGGUAGCUUUAAGUGCAGUUGUGGUGCAGGGUUUCAGUUAGGCAAUGAUCAGAAGUCAUGUCAAGGCUGUGAUUCCAUUCACUGGGGCAUUGGUUGUGCAAAUCUUUGUGAGUGUGGUAGUCGAGCGAGACAAUGCAAUGCAAGCAUUGGUUGUACUGACUGUGUACCAGGUUGGGGAGGAGAGAACUGCGAGGAAGACAUAGAUGAAUGUGCCGCCAACUCUACAAUAUGUGGUGAUAAUGCUCAAUGUGUAAACAAUAAUGGGUCGUAUGCAUGUCUUUGCAAUACAGGUUUUCAACAGGAUGGUGAUAUAGUAAGAUGUUUAGAUAUAAACGAGUGUGCCACGUUACAACCUUGUGACCCGAAUGCUGAUUGCACAAACACACAAGGAUCUUUUGACUGCACAUGCAAAUCUGGCUAUGAUGGCAAUGGAACAGAGUGUGAAAACAUCAACGAAUGCAGCAACGGCAUCUGUGGAAACGAUGCUGUGUGUACCGAUACACCAGGCUCUUAUAUAUGUUCUUGUGGAGCGGGUUGUAAAAAGCCAAUAGAAGCUAGAGUUAAUGUGACGAGAGAAGAAAUAUCCGGGAAUGAUAUGGAAGUCAGAGUUGAACUCAUUGAUGGCUUCACUAUGCUGAAACAUGAAAACAUCGAUUGGAAGGGACACACGUGGAAUGCUACGAUGACACUCCUUAACUCCAACGAAGUAUCUGGAACACUCGUUGUCACUGUUUCUCCUGCAACAUUCGAUGUUAAUUCUGGAAUUGCGGUAAUCAGUGGACGAAUAAUAGACAUUGAAGCACCAACUAGGAUAUUCCUAGAAAUCCAUGUUGUGUCCGAACCCUCUGAUUACAACUUCACCGUCAUAUCUCCCUAUGUUGAUGUUAUGCCUGUCGGUUAUCAACCCAUCUCAGAGGACAACAGAAAGACGAUUCAACUGUAUUUUGAUGCGGAUUAUGAUUCUAUUGUUGCUGGAAGAGAAGAUCUCUUCAUCGCUACUCUGUACAAUCACUUCAUGCCAAAAUACUACAAGAAAGCAAGUUUCACCGGAUGGACUACCAGUAAAGGAAGUAUCAUUGCUGAGUUCACUGUACAGGGAUCAGUCAAUGACAUCACCAGUGUGCUCUAUGACAUAUAUGAUGAAGUUGACUCUGGUUUGGAGAUAUCAUUCAACGACUCAUCCAUCGAGGCAAGACGUGAGAUGUUUGUUGAUGGAGUGGAAUAUUACGGCAGAGUUGGAUCCCAGGUCGCUGGAAGUGCAUUGUCCACUGGUGGACUGAUUGGAGUGAUUGUUGCAAGUGUGUUGGGUGGUGCUGCUGUUGUCAUCGUGGUUGUUAUUCUCAUUUUGAAGAAUAAAGCUAAAGAUUCCAAGGUCAGUCCCAGAGAAGAACACAAUGAUAUUCCUACAAAUAUGAGACAACCCACCACAAUUACAGUUCCUGAUUCCAAGUGUGUAGAUUCAAAGGGUGAUGCCAGUGAGGAACAGCAUAAUGAUUUCACAAGUGAAAGACAACAGAGUGACACCAAAGUGGGGAGUCAGUCUAGCGUAGUUUCAAUUCAACACAAAUAAGCGAAAUUGAAAUGAAAAACAAACCCACUCCAAGAUAUAGAAGAAAUUCUAUGUGGCAUUGAACGCUAAUGAGAUUAAAUAACUUUGUAUUUUGCGAUUUAUUAGAUUCAAAUUGCAAUUUUGAUAAAGAAACGAA